CAAAAGAGAAAAAAAAGCUGAGAGAGAUGUUGCUGGCCCUAUAUAAGGUGCAGCCACCUCCUGCAGAGCACAUCAAGAAUCACAGCAAAGUACUGAGUAGCUGUAACCUGCUGGGACGGACGAUCUCGGACUGUGAGCCAUGGCCUACCUGCAGACCUUGUCCAAGAGCUUCCCAGGAUGGGUUUUCUUCUGCUGCUGUUGCUGUCUCCCUCUUCUUCUCACCAGCUCUCUGCCUCUGAAAGGGGCUUCUGUUGCCCAUCAUGCCUGCAGGCUCAGGAAGAUCAACUUCCAGCAGCCCUACAUCAGGAAUCGCACCUAUACCUUGGCUAAAAUGGCCAGUGCCUCGGACAAGGACACAGAUAACAGAUUGAUUGGGCAGCAGCUCUAUGUUAACAUCAAGGAAAACAACCGCUGCUACCUGAUGAAGAGGGUUGUGGAGAUUGUGGUAAAAGAUGUUCUCCUCACUGAGGUCAAGAAUCAGUACCCGUAUGUUGAGGAGGUGGCACAGUUCUUGGCAUCCCUGACCUCCGAGCUGAGCAAAUGUAAAUCCUCAGGAAACAGAGAGCACAUUGAAAAGAACCUGGAACAAAUGAAGAACAAAAUGGAACAGUUGGGAGAAAAUGGAAAGACUAAAGCCAUUGGAGAACUGGAUUUACUGUUUGACUACAUGGAAAAUGCCUGCACUGAUAUCCCAAAGAAGGGAGGGAACAAGGAGAAAAACUGAAAAAAAUUUGGAACAAGCUUGAAGAGAUGUCUCUGAAAAAUCUCAUGAUAACCCAAACUGAUUAGCUGUUACAACAACUACACCCAUUCCCCCAGAUGCAAUAUAUUUUGCAUUUGUGUCAAAACUAGCAAACUAAGUGGGCAGAGACAGGAUGCAUAUUGCUGCCUUCUUUGAAAAUGAAAAUUCCAGGACAAUGCAGCUCCAUUUCAGCACAGGCUAUUAGUUAUUUUCUAAGGCACGCUCCUGUCCUCCCCAUCUCCAUAGGAAUGAGGCAACUGUUUCUGUCUUUUAUAUGCUGAAAUUUGACACCUAUGGAUCAGUAUUGAUCAAGGUAGGCAGUUAAAGGUAGCCAGGAAGUUUUGAGGCUCUUACCUGGAAGUCUGUCUUGAAUAUGUUGCCCCCUUCUGACCUUGGCCUGAAAAGUUGGUAUUUCAGACUAAUUCAGAAAUAUUUUUUGUCAUUUGUAUUUAAUAGUAACUUAUUUUAAGGUAAU